GUAGAAGAAGAAAGCUUAAACAAGCACUCACUCUCUCUCUUCAAAAUCACACUUUUUUUUUGUUUUGCUUUCUCUCUCCCAAGAUCUUCCUCAUUGUCUUCCUUCAAGAACUGUUGUCUCUUCAACAACUUUUUCUUACUUCUUCUUAUUCUAAAGAACCAAUCUUCUCUCAUUUUGUCACUGUUGGGUGAAGAAUAUAGUCUCACAAACUCAACCCAUUUCCUUAAAUUCCUCUCUCUGAAAGACAAAAUCCUUUAAUUCUAAUCCAACCAAGCCAAUUCUCUUGUCAAUUUUGGAAGCAGUGAUUCAACUAAAAACCGCAAAAUUUGUUCGACUUGAUCUCUGUUGGAUGGAUUGAGUCUCUAUUCUAAGGACAACACCUCAAGAACAAACCUGUAGAUCAAUUAAAGACCAAACAAUGAGAGACGACAAAUCCAAGAAUAGCAAGUUGUCUUGGUCCAAGAAGAUGGUGAGGAAAUGGUUCAACAUCAAAAGCAAAACUGAAAAGUUUCAAGCUGACGUUUCUCUUCCUCAAGGAGUUGAAGUUGAGCACAGAGCCAGCUUUUCAGAAAGAGAGCCCUGUACUAUCAAGAAGAGUAAAACUGAGAAACUCAAUAAGAACUGGGAGCAGCAAGCUAGACAAAGGAAAAUGAACUAUGAAAAUCCUAGAAUCAUUGAUGUCCAAAACCACAGCAUAUUCGUAGCUACAUGGAACGUUGCUGGACGCUCUCCUCCUGAAGAUCUAAACCUCGACGAAUGGCUUCAUUCUUCUGCUCCUGCAGAUAUAUACGUACUCGGGUUCCAAGAGAUUGUUCCUCUUAAUGCUGGUAACGUUCUUGGAGCUGAAGACAAUGGUCCUGCUAAGAAAUGGCACUCCCUCAUCAGGAAAACACUCAAUAACCUCCCCGGGACAAGCAGUGUCUGUCAUACUCCGUCGCCUAUUCCUGUCCCUAUUGCAGAGAUUGAUGCUGACUUCUCCGGAUCUUCGAGGCAAAAGAACGAGGCUUUCUUUAACCGACGGUCUUUCCAAACACCGAGUGUAUGGCGAAUGGAUGAGAAUGAUCCUUCUAUCUCACAACCAAGGCUUGACCGUCGUUUCAGCGUCUGUGACCGCGUAUUCCUCAGUCAUAGACCAAGUGAUUUUGAUCCAAGCUUCAGGUGCAGUCACAGGGCUAGUGACUACUCAAGAAGACCUAGUGACUACUCAAGAAGGCCUAGUGAUUACUCAAGACCAAGUGACUAUUACUCUAGGCCAAGUGAUUAUUCCCGGCCUAGUGAUGUCUCCCGGUGUGGCUCCUCGGAUGAUGAUAAUGGUCCAGGGGAUUCUCCAAGCACAAUCUUAAAUUCACCAGGGUCAUGCCCUGAUCCUGCAACAAACGAAAACGGUUGUAGAAUCCCGUGGAACUCAUCACAGUACUGUUUGGUUGCAAGUAAACAGAUGGUUGGUAUCUUUUUAACAAUUUGGGUGAAAAGCGAGUUACGAGAACAUGUCAAGAACAUGAAAGUAUCUUGUGUUGGUAGAGGACUAAUGGGUUAUCUCGGAAAUAAGGGAUCAAUCUCAAUUAGUAUGUUGCUUCAUCAAACAAGCUUCUGCUUUGUCUGCACUCAUUUGACCUCUGGACAAAAAGAAGGCGAUGAGCUGAGGAGAAACUCAGAUGUCAUGGAGAUACUUAAGAAAACAAGGUUUCCUCGUGUGCAGAGUUAUGCUGACGAGAAGUCCCCCGAGAAUAUCCUUCAGCAUGAUCGGGUAAUAUGGCUCGGGGAUCUGAACUACCGGAUAGCACUCUCUUACCGAUCUGCAAAAGCACUUGUCGAGAUGCAAAACUGGAGAGCAUUACUAGAGAACGAUCAGUUACGGAUAGAGCAGAGACGAGGCCAUGUGUUUAAAGGAUGGAACGAAGGGAAGAUUUACUUCCCACCAACUUACAAAUACUCGACUAACUCGGAUAGAUAUGCAGGAGAUGAUUUGCAUCCCAAGGAGAAACGUCGUACUCCUGCUUGGUGUGAUCGGAUACUGUGGCAUGGAGAAGGACUGCAUCAGUUAUCUUAUGUAAGAGGGGAGUCACGGUUUUCAGAUCAUAGACCGGUUUAUGGCAUAUUCAGCGCAGAGGUGGAGUCAAAUCACAAGAGAUUAAAGCGAAUCGCGAGUCACUCCACUGCUCGGGUCCAAGCUGAAGAACUCUUACCUUACGCCCGUGGAUACACCGAGCUAACUUUUUUCUAAAAGACAAUCAAAAAGGACUUCUAUAAGGUGAAUUAAAGUAUUUUUGUUCGAGUGUUGAGAAGCCUUGAGGAGAGGAGUGAUGAUGAUGGAGACAUUUCAUUGCUCCUUUUAACACAAAGGAAACAAAUAACAGGUGUACAAAGAGGAUUGUAACCGGUUCUUUUGGUAGGACUUAUUUAUACAGCGUGGUUAUUAGGAUUGUGAAACUGACAGAUGAAAAGGUUUUUUUUUUCAAUUUCAUCUGUCUUUCUAGUUAAGUUUUUUUCUUUUCUUUACAUUAUAAAUUGAAGUGUGUUCCCGAGACAAUGAUAGUAUAAGGCUUGUUACAUAAGUAAGGUUUAAAUGUAACAAAAAGAAGAUUAUACAACAAAAGCAAUGAUAUUUUAUUAGUUUUGGUGUAAUUCAUAAUCAUUAUGAUUGUUUC